GCUGCCCGGUUGCUGUUGCUGAUGGGGAGACGGAAUUGCAUGGCCUAAGAAUUAAGUGGAAAGUCACCACGGAGCACAGAAUGGAAACCGUGGAACAGCUCGUGUCCUUUAAUCACGUCCACGUCCAUCUUAACGGAGGCGCUCCGUGGGGAUUCACUUUGAAAGGAGGACUGGAACACGGCGAGCCACUCAUCAUAACAAAAAUUGAGGAGGGAGGAAAGGCAGAUCAGUGUAAGAAGCUGAGAGUGGGAGACGAACUGGUCAACAUCAACGGCUCUGCGCUCUACGGCUCUCGCCAAGAAGCUCUCAUCCUCAUCAAAGGCUCCUACAGGGUUCUCAAGAUUGUUGUUCGCAGGCGAGCUGUGCCCCUGAGUCGCCCUCACUCCUGGUAUCUGGCGAAGCCGCUGGAGCCUGUGCCCGCUCCAGCUGGCAGUCCAGACGGGCCCUUGGCCAUGCAGAUCCACCCUACACCCUUCAGCGUACCGUGGCAAUCAGGGGCUGACAACAGUGAGCUGUCCAUGCAGUUGGGCCUCUUCUCCAGGCACUACAGCACGGACCACAGCAGCUCCGUGGGGAGCAUGGAGAGUCUUGAGAAUCCCCCGAGUCAAGGUUACUACGACAACCAGCUCUCCCCUAUCGACCCUGCCAUUUUUAACAAUAAGCGUGACUCUGCCUACAGCUCCUUUUCUGCCAGCUCAAACACAUCUGACUACACAGUGUCUCUGCGGCCUGAGGAGAACAGCUCCAUGGACAGCCUCCUGCAAGGCCUCGGACCCUCUGGUAGGUUUAUAGAGGGACGCCCACAUUCUGCAGCCAGCGGUCCAGGAGAACUGCACUGUGAGGAGGGAAGCCUCAAAGCUAGGUCCCUGCCUCAUAAGCCUGAGGUUAAAAUACGGCCAUCAUCUUAUAGCUAUGAGGAACAGAAAUGUGGACCUCCACAACCUCCAAUGAGAAAAGAUAGUUUCAGGGCCACUAGAGGCCGACCAGGGGUACCUGAUAAACGUUGUGUCUCUGCACCUGUUGGUAUUCCAAGUUUGACAUGCUGCACAAUUGAGAACCCAACUCGCAUCCAUAAGGUGUUAAAUGGGAAUGAAUGUCUGAAUGAGUCACAAGAAAAUGGACAGAGCUUGAAAGAAAGUAGCACAGAGACUUAUUACACCCUCAGUUCUCAACAAGAAUUGUGUAUCGAUAGCCAAGCAAGAUCAGCAGAGUGCCAAAAGAACAGUCACCUCCAACCUCUACAGAGGUGUUCUUCUAGGCCUAAUCCUCCACCAGAGGACGGUCUUGAUACCCAGCUCACCCAUUUAGAGAACAAUCUCCAGUCCAGGAUGUACAGACAUGGUGCCCCUGAAAAAUUACUUGCCUCUCAGUUAAAUAUGGUGGAGACCUCUAGUGACAUCAGUGAACAUUCUGUAUCCCCUUCUAGCCAGUGGUCUAAUCCUUUGCAUCCUAGGGAGGACUUGGGAGAAAACAGCCCAGCUGUUAUAUCACAGGGUAAAUGGGGAGGAGGAAGCCGAUGCUCCACCCCUGGAUCAGUGACUACUUCAGAGCUGGAGGAACAAAGGAUGGAGGAAGAACAACUGGAUUCGGACCAGAUUGUCUCUCCUGCUCGACAUUCCUGGCUACGAUCUGUAAGUGUUCCAGGUGAACCUGCAAAAAAUGGAUUCUGUAAUUCUGGUCCCACCAUGGAUUCUCAACUCCUUGAACGGGACUUUGGACCUGUUAGUGCUGCAGCUAGUAUGGAUACUUUACUUGAAGAGAACCAAGAACGAAGUGAAGGAAGGGAAAAUGAAAGUGAGGUUUCAAAGCCUUCUCAGAAGCGCCAGUUUCGCUCGUCCAAGUGUCGCCGUCGAAGUGAACGCUUUGCCACAAACCUUCGCAAUGAGAUCCAGAGAAAGAAGGCUCAGCUGCAAAAGAGCAAAGUCACAGGUGGGAUUCUCUGUGGUGAAGACACAGUAGAGGAAGAAGGUGGAAACCUCCACAUGGAGAAAAAUUCCACGUUAGAGCCUUCCAGAAACCAUCAACCCAUAGCCCAAAACCACACUAGUCACCACACCAACCUUCAAAAUACUGCUUUUGCACCAUCUCAGGCUAGGACUUGUGCAAACCUAACAUUUCAGCAAGUUCUGAACAAAUGUGAUGGGACAAGUGGUGUGGAACAUUCAAGAACCAGGACUGACACACAACUUUCAGAAAAAGAAACACAACUAACUGAGGAGACUAGACCAGUCAGUGAGGAGGCAUCAGCAAAUAAUACCCGUCAUUGGCGCUGGACACCAGAACACACACUGCAACGAGAAAUGCAGCCAAAUGAGAAGAAAAAUGAAAGAACAGGACCGUCAUCAUUGAAUCCUGGAACAACACGAGGAAGAGUGGGUUCUUCUAACGGGCGCUAUAGUCGAGGAGACGAUUGUGACAUCCCACCUUUUGCAGACCGUAGGAAAUUUUUUGAAGAGACUAGUAGGAAUCUGAGCCAGUCUGUGACCAACCUGGCAAGCCUGACAAGUCGGCGCCAGAGGCCAGAGAAGCAACAAGCGAAGAAUGAGCCAUCUUCUCCUGAUCCCCGUGAGUCCAUCCCUGCCCUUGGGCAAAGGAGGUUCUCCUACCAGGGAGGAGUCCACGAUGGUACAGGCAUUUCUCUUGAGACUAGAAGACAGUUCGCCAAUGUGGAACAAGAAAGGGAUGGAGAGAUAAUAAUGGAGAGAGAACGAGAGAGAGAGAAGGAAAAGGAGAGGCAACGAGAACAAGAGAGACUUAAAGAUCAGGAGAGGCUACAGGCCUGGGAGAAGGAGCAGGAGGAAGAAAGGGAGAGAGAGAGAACCAGAAAGGAGGCUGAAGGAGAGAAGCAAAGAGUUCAAAAGAUGGAGAGAGAGAGGGAAACCAGCGGAGAUGUCAUGUGUGGUGGACAUGACCUUAGCAAUACCAUAACACCACUAGCUUUGCCUCACGAUGCUCGUCCAAAACAGCCACUCGGUUCUCUCAGUUUCAUCCCCAGCAACUCUCACCCAGACAAUUGCCACAAGACGACCAAUCCUGAUGUCCCAAAGCCAUGCUCAGCCUUUCGACCUGUUACUAGCCAACAGUAUCAAUCUGAUCAGUCUUGCCUGCACCUUGGAUUCAAGAACAGGAGCUGCACACCGACAGAGGUUUAUCUUGUGCGUGAGCAGGAACAAAUAAAACUCAACAGAAAGUUCAGCCUGACUGAGAGGGACUAUGCUCUUUACCAACGAGACUCCACGCCAGGAGAGGUCACUGUGGGUCUGGGCUUUCAGCGCCAGUGGAAUGAUAGACGACGUAUUGGCAACAAUGAGGAUGGACCCUUCAUAUCGUCAGUCCUUAGAAAUCGUGCCAUGUCAGAAAAUGACCUCCGCGAACCUCAGGGUCUUCGUAGCCACACAGUGCUUAAUGCUUAUGCUAGCGGAAUGUCUUCAUUAACCCUUAGAGAACUGGAUGAGAACAUCAUGACGGAGGCGAAGAAGAAAAAAGGGCCGCCACCCCCUCGUCCACCGCCCCCAAAAUGGGGGCGGUUCCAUAGCAGACAAACAUCUCAUCACAACCUGUUCUCCGCACCACCCGGAGCCUUUCCUCAGGCCCAGUCGUAUGGGCCCUGCUCCUCUAUUGUCGCUGAAAUAACACGUCAGCGAUCCUACAGUCUCCCUCCAAGGGAGGGGUUAGAAAGUUGCCAGCAGUGCUACCGGGACCUCCCUGUGGCUCCACCCAGCCCUGCCUUUACUCGCAGAGCUUUCAAACCUGUGGCCCUGCCUCCAGAAGAACGGCGCAUGCCUGUAUCCCAUCACGAUGAUGCGAACAGUGUGGUGGACACGCUCCCGACCUGGACUGAGUCAAACAGAAGAUUGUCUGAUCAAAACCUGGGAUCGCCUUCAAACCAGUUCAAACCAGCUGUGGUGAAGCCAGUCUUCCAUAAGUAUACAGCAGAAUGGGACUUGACCGGUCUUCACAACUCCACUGCAGCCAAGAGCACUAGCAGGUCCUCGUACACACCCUUGACUCUGGAGAAUGGCUCUUGUCCCGGGCCUGUGCCCCCUGAGUCCUAUUUCACCAUGAACCACAGGAACAAGCAGCACUUGGAGAGUCAGUCACAGCAAAUGGGCUUUCAUGGUCCUGCCUUCAAAAACUCAGAAUGUGUUUCACAAAGUCCACUUCCCAGGGAGGAGGAAACGCAGCCCUUGGAGACAGAUAUAGACGACUUCCAUGAGACUGAGGACACUGUAGUCGAGCAGCACAGGCAGGCAGAAAGCAGGACAGAGAUGCAGUGUUUCGCCCAACCUGUGACAGUGCUGGAGACUGAUAUCGACACGCUGUCUGCCAAAGACACUCCUUUGGUAGCAAUGACAAAAGAGCAGAGGCCAUCCAUGGUAGAGUCUUUAUUGGAAGAGGAUUAUGGGAGAGCCAGGAAGGAGUUGAUGGGAGAACUUUUCCCCCACUGCACAGAAGCCGGGAGUGGAGGGGAAGGUUGGAGAGGUGGCUACCCAGUCAGUGGAAACACUAUAGAAAGGUCCUCCAGGCAGGGCACUUCAAGCAGCUCCAGUGCAGCCACUAACAAAACCCAGCUCCUUAACAAAUUGAAGGACUUUUCAGAGAUGAAGGAGGAGGAUGAAGAACUGAAUUACAAGACACAGCUCAUGGACAGCCUGCGCAAGAAGCUGGGUGUGUUGCGGGACGCCCAGCGAGGUCUGCAGGAGGAUAUCCGGGCCAACUCCCAACUGGGCGAGGAGGUGGAGAGCCUGGUGCUGGCUGUCUGCAAGCCCAACGAGGUGGACAAGUUUCGCAUGUUCAUCGGGGAUCUGGACAAGGUGACCAGCCUGCUGCUGUCGCUCUCUGGCAGGCUGCUCAGGGUGGAAAGUGCCCUGGAUCGCCUGGACACAGAGUCCAGCCACCACGAGAGGCUCCCCCUGCUGGAGAAGAAGAAGCAGCUCCUUGUGCAGCUGGCUGAGGCUCAGGAGCUGAAGGAGCAUGUGGACCGUCGGGAGCAGGCCGUGGGCAGUGUGCUGGCUCGCUGCCUGACCCCGGAGCAGCUGCGCGACUACAGCCAUUUUGUGAAGAUGAAGGCAGCCCUGCUGGUGGAACAGCGGCAGCUGGAAGACAAAAUCCGACUGGGAGAAGAGCAGCUCCGCGGCCUGCGGGAGAGCCUUGGUCUGGUGGUGGGAACCAGCCUGGGAUACGGGCAUUACUAAAACUGGAUCCCGACGAGAGAGAGAGAGAAGCAGAAUGCAGACUGCGUGCAUGCACAUAACUUUGGGUCUGCUUGCAGAGUCAGUGCUGGCCUGGUGGGGUGAAGGUAUCUGAAGUGAAUGUUGUUCUGGUCAGAGCUCGACUGUGGGCAUUAAAACAAAUUUACAUUAGUCCUGGUAACAGAAUCCUGAAAAGCAACAAUCUUAUGGUCAGCUUUUUAACUGAAGAUUGAUGUUUAGCGCCAACAUUUACUACAUUGCCCAUACUGCAGUACUACUUGAAAUUGUUUGACAAUUCAGCUAUACUAAGCAGGAAAUGACCUCAAAACACUACAUCUAAGCCACAUAACAAAUGUAUGUGUGUGCCUCUUAUUAAUCUCAACUGAGGGAUUGUCCAUGCACUGCUAUUUAUUUAUUUAUAUCUCUCAUCUAAUAUGAAUACAGAGUUCAAAUUCUCAUUUUUGAAAAUUGAUUGUUGGUGGGCUCUUUAGAGUCAUGUAGUCACCUCUCAUAUCAGUACAUCUGCACCAAUAAAAAGCCAUCAAAUAUUUUGGAAAAAAAUAGUUGUAACAUUUAGUCUGUCAAGGUAGAAAGGUCUUUUAUAGAAACUCAUUUGUAUGUACAGGGGCAGUAUUAUAAUGCAACGUAAUUUAAAAUCUGCGAGCUGUAAUUGGUUACAUGGCUCAUUUUGUUCAAACUGGAAUUAGCUUUGAAAACACUGAUCUUAAUAUGGCCUUGGCUUACACUCCAAAAUGAUAUCUUAACAAAACAUCUUAAAUCUAGUGUAAAUGCCAAACACUGAGACUUGUAAGAAAAUUAUCAGAAUUGAGUUUAUUUCUAGAUGUUUUUUAAUUUUAUUAAAUGAAAUGAUCUCUACUGGCAGAAUGUUUUGUUUGAAGCAUUGAUCUUAAAACAAGAAUAAAUAUUUUCCAAUGCAGUGAUAUCAUUUUACUUUACAAAUUACCUAAAAUAAGUCAAACAAACAAGUAAUCUUUAUUUUUCUUGCAACCGUUUCAAAAUUAUUUAAAAUAGUUUGAUUUGGUAAGAUAUCAUUUUUAUUCAGCCAGGUUAGAGAAUUUGCUUUCCUUAUUCUGUGGGUAAUUAGGGAGCAUGAAUAACAUAGUCUUGCCUUUUCAUUAUUCAAUGCUUUACUGUAUUUUCCAUACGUGACAUCAGAAUCAUUGUUGCCAAAGAUGCGUGUUAUGUCUAAACACAAGAACUGAAAUAUGGUGCUUAUUUUGAAGAAUCUCAUGCAGCUGCAUCAUCACUGACCUGUCUGAGAAGAUCCGGUCGUGGCUCGUCUCGGCACCCUUGUUGGAUGCAGCCAUGUUCAUUUCUUUUUUUGUUUUAAAUCAUCACUUUAACAGUUCUUACUUGCGCAUAUUUUAUGUUGCAAAAGAUGUGUCUUGUAAUAUAAUGUAUUAUUUCAGUACAGCAACGCAGAUUCUGGGCAAACUGCUUAAUAAUCUUAUCCUCAUAAAGGGAAAUGGGAUAUUUCUCUAGAGGACAUUGCUGCUUUAUUGAGUAUAUAUUACCUUGAGGUUGAAAAGGCUUUUUCUCUUUAACUGUUAAAACAAUUUAUUGCAGUUGUUUAGUUUGGUUUUCUUUAAUUGAAUUCAGGAUUGCCUUUUGAAGGAACUAAGUAUUUCUCACUAUAUGCCAAAAUGAUGAAUGUGAACAACAAAAAGUGGCAAGUAUUUCAGUGCAUUUUUGACACCUGUAUAUAUAGCCUAGUCUGUACCUGUUUGUUGUAUCAUAACUUCAUAAGUAAAUUCAGGCUAAAAUAAUGAAAAUAUUUGGUUUAAUAGUAACUGAUCUAUUCCUUUUUUUUUUAUUCUUUUGAGAAACUAUGGAAUAUGUACCAUUUGAUAAUACACAUUUUUAUGUCAUG